AUGGCCCGCAGAGCCACCUCGGCGCCGCCGCAGCUGCCUGAGCGGCUGGCGCCCGGGCGGAGGCGGCGCCCGAGGAGCCCGGGAGCGCAAGAGAGGCACCUGCUCAGCAGCGUGCCCGCGGCGCAGACCUUGGCCAGAGUCAUCCGGCCUUGCUACGGCCCCCACGGCCGGCAGAAGCUCCUGGUCACCGCCAGAGGAACCACCGUGCUCACGGGCUACGCCGCGGCCAUCCUCCGGGCCCUGGAGCUGGAGCACCCCGCCGCGCGGCUCCUGCGCGAAGCAGCCCACACGCAGGCGGAGAGCUGCGGCGACGGCGCGGCCUUCGUGGUUCUGCUGGCGGAAGCCCUGCUCCAGCAGGCCGAGCACCUGCUGCGCGCCGGCCUGCCCCGCUCGCAGCUGCGCCAGGCCUACGCCGCGGCGGCCGCGGAGACCCUGGCCCUGCUGCCCUCCCUGUCCGUCCGCUCCCUGGGGCCUCUGCAAGAUCCCUUUUGGGCCCUCUAUUCGGUGAUGAACACCCACACCGCGUCCCAGAUGGACAACUUGACCAAGCUGGUGGCCCACGCGUGCUGGGCCACCAAGGAGCUGGACGGCAGCUUCCGCCGCGAGCGCGUGGGGGUGUGCACCCUGCGAGGGGGGAGGCUGGAGGACUCGUGCCUGCUCCCGGGGCUGGCCCUGUGUGCGAACCCCUGCGGGCAGGUGAUCACGGUGCUGACCGGCGCCAGGGUGGCUCUCUUUGUCUGCGCCUUUGGUCCUGCCAGCCCAAAUGCUCCGGCAACGGCCCGUCUCUCUAGUCCUGACGACCUAACUAAAUUCAGGAAAGGAAAUGAACAGUUGAUAGAAAAGCAAGUAACCCAACUGGUAGCUGCAGGUAUUAAUGUGGUGGUGGUAAGGGGGGACAUCGAUGAGAAUACACUGACGCAGGCUGAUAAGUACGGCAUCAUGGUGAUUCAAGCUAGGUGCCGGAGGGACAUGGUCCGCUUGAGUGAGGUAUUGGGCACACCUUUGAUGCCGUAUCUGCUUCCUCCCCUGAAGCCAGGAAAGUGCCAGAGGGUAUACCUGCAGGAGCUGGGGGAAGGUUCGACUGUAGUAUUUGAAUGGGAAUGUUCAGGUACCCCUGCCCUCACCUUGGUCCUCAGGGGAGCCACCGCUGAGGGGCUAAAGGGUGCAGAGCAGGCUGUCUACCAUGGCAUUGAUGCCUAUUUCCAGUUGUGUCAGGAUCCCAGACUGCUCCCCGGAGCGGGGGCCACAGAGAUGGCUCUGGCAAAAAUACUCUCAGAAAAAGGAAGCAAAUUGGAAGGGCCCAAUGGCCCAGCCUUCCUAGCAUUUGCACAGGCCCUUCAGUCUCUUCCCGAAACCCUUGCAGAGAAUGCAGGCUUGGUGGUCUCAGAGGUCAUGGCAGAGAUGAGCGGUGCCCACCAAGCUGGGAACUUCCUGGUAGGCGUGGGGGCUGAGGGGAUAAUAAACGUGGCCAAGGAAGAGGUGUGGGACACCCUAGCAGCCAAAGCCCAAGGACUUGGAGUGGUAGCUGAUGUGGUUCUCCAGCUCGUGAGUGUAGAUGAAAUCAUAGUGGCCAAGAAAAGUCCCAUGAGUCAACAGGACCUGAAUCCUCUUCCUAAGAAGGCAAGGGAACACCCAUCUCCUGUGAAGAAAUCAAAAAUUCUUGGCAUGGAUAACGAAAUAACACACACCUUAGAAGUGCACUAA